AUUCCGAAAAACUUUCUCCAUGACGUAAAACGCAUGUUUUUGGGAAAAUGUCAUAAAAGCAAAAUCAGGUAGGGAGAAAAUGCAACGGACGUGUUCUGGAUUUGAAGCUGGGGCCUCCUGAAUCUUUAAAGUCAGGUGCUCUACCAACUGAGCUAUCUGGCCACUGGCGAUCGAGUCCGUCUGAUCGCCCCAUUCCUCCCUCCUUGAUUUUCUUUACACCUUGAAGACAUCAACCCAGGAUCUUUAUCCCUUUGCAGGCAUGUUCACCUGUCAGUUCCAGGGGCUGGUCUACAGCAUCAAAUGUAACAGGAAGGGAGAAAAUGCAACGGACCAGACCAGGAUUUAAACCUGGGUCCCCUGAAUCUCUAGUCAGGUGCUCCACCAAUUGAGCUACCUGGCCACUGGUGGUCAAACCUGUCUGACUACCACACGCUAAAUUAUAGUAAAUGUACCUAGUGCAGUAUAAAUCUGGCCAUAUUUGAUUAUAAUCAAAUGACGGGAGUUUGUUUUCUAAGUGAUGUUGCGAUUUCUUUUCAUGAAUAUCUAUCAUGGAAUAUUAAGUAGGAGCUACAAAGAUAUUUGAGAAAUGGUCUGUGUGAAUUAUCUGCAUGAUAAAUGAAGGUUUCCUGGCUGACUUGCGAUUAUUUGAUAUCUUACAGUUACAUUUUUUCAAUAUAAGACAAGCAGAAUAAUGAAUUUCUUCUAUCAUAGUAAGUGACAUGGUUGAUUUUCAUAUUGUGCAAAUUGUCAUUAAUGCUUAUUUCAUGUUACACAUCAACGAAGUAAGCCUAUUGAUUUAGAUACUUCAAUAUAUAUAUAGAUAUGAGAUUUAGUUAAAUCUGAACACUUCAUUUAUCCGGACGAUUUUGCUAAGAACCAACUUAAAUGUAUGGAUUGAAGAGACUCCACUGUAUUAUAUAUGCAAGUUACUUUUUUCAGAAGUUGAGCCUGUGGUGUUUGAUUGUUGAGUUGUAAUUUCCUACCACAACAAAGAGAGAACUUCAUGAUGGAGGACGAUAGUAGACCAUGGAAAAGGAAGAGAACAGAAGAGGAAGAAAGCUGCAAAUCCGUCGUUUGUAACCCAGAUCAUCUGGGCCCCUCAUCCGGAUCAUGUGGAUUGUCAGAGAUGGAAACAAGGAUCAGUCCAUGCAAUUGUGAUCAAAGUUGUUGUAACUGUAUUCGAAAUGACUUUGGAAAAUCAACAUCUACAUCACAUGACUUGGGGGAGAUGAAUUCUGGGGAAUUUUGUGGACCUACUUUUGAUAAAGAUAAUUUGAACUGUAAUCAGAACUGUGCUGCUAUCCAGCCCGGUUGUAACUGUGGUAGGGAGGAAUUAUCAUGUAGUCUGGAUCUUACUGUACCUGAUUGUAAUCAGUCAAAUUCAGGCUGUUCUCCAUCACAAUCCAAUAUAGGCUGCUGUUCAAAGAGGGAAACCUGUUCAUCAGUUUCAAAUAAGACUCAGCUAUUUAUAAAUCCACAACAGCAUGUGCCAAAAAGUGCAUCUGCAUAUUCUCGCGUACAAACUAGUUUAAUGAAAAAUUCAUUUGAUAACUCGAAGCCUAGUCUGGUACUGUCUUCCUCAAAAUUUACAAGUGACAGACAAAAGAGUUCACAUACAUGUUCAUCACAUCAACAUGAAAAUAAUAGUGUGAAAUGUGUGGAAAGUGCUUCUACUUCAUUACAGGGUAGUUCAAAAAUACAUUUGUGUGAGUGCAACAGUGAAGUUGUUAAAAGUAGUGAUAAAUCGAUGAAUUCAAACUCAGAAUUAAAAUUGACCUCUGACCCUUUCUGGAAUGCUUGUUCUUGCACAAGUAGCUUUGAUAAGACAAAAAAUCCUGAUAGUCCCAUUACUGCAAAUAGUCCCCAUGAAAUUUGCAAUCCAGGGUUUGAGGUUCUUGAUUUCCCGGUCAAAAGCAGCUACACCCAGUCUGAUCCAGAGAGUGGAGAAGUGGAUGGGGAAAGUGGAGAGACAGUUAUACAAUCUAAACAGACACCUGGCAGUGGUGUAAAGGGAAACAACUGUGACAAUGAGAGGACCACAGUAACAGAAUUAAUCGCCUUGCGAAGGGUCGCAAAAUUUAGGAUACAAAAAAGCCUAGGUGAAAAUUUGCAGGAUGUCAGAUCAUCUUGUAACUCAUUGAGUGGUCCCUCAAAUGACAUUAUCAAUAUCUGUGAUAGGAUCAAUAGUGACAAAAUUACCCCACCUCCGAAUGACGACUCAAAAUGUGGAAGUAAUCGUAUUGUUGAAUCAGAACAUCAAGGUUGCCCCGACAGCCUUAGAUUUAAACAAAGAUUCUCCAUGGGAAGCUCAGGAGAUAAAGGGGCGUGUCCAGCUUUGACAGAUGUUUAUCAUAUCAAUAGUCUCCCAGCGUCCAUUCUUGUGAAUAUAUUAAGACAUCUUAGAAUUUGUGAUUUAUUACACAGGGCCUCACUUGUCUGCAAGUUGUGGCAUCAGCUUGUGUACGACCCGGACAUCUGGAGGCGGAUUGACCUACGCUACCAGCACAAGGUCACUGACAAACAGUUGCUGACCUUGACCCAGAUUAGUGACCGGGUGACUGAGAUUGACAUCAGUGAUACUCAGAAUCUGACCUCCGAUGCCCUAGAGUGUUCUCUGAAGUGGUGUGGUCACUUGCGGUCACUCUAUAUGUCUAGGUGCUACAACUUACGAGAUGUGGUUCUACAGACUGUGGGACGGCAUUGUGGGCGCCUCACGACCUUGGUUCUGGAUGGCUGUUACAAGGUCACAGACGAAGGACUGUGUGCGAUUGCAGAGGGGUGUAAAAAACUAUGGAAGAUAAACCUGAGUAGAUGCUCGCAUCACAUCACUGACAGAGGUGUCGCGGCGAUAGCGGAGAAUUGUCCUGUUCUGAGGGAAGUCAUUCUGGCCUAUCUGUCAGAGGUGACGGACAUCUCCUGUGUAAGGUUGUGUGAGAUGUGCCCAGAGCUGGAGGUCGUGACCUUGAUGUUCUCUGGAGUCAGUGAAAAGGGAGUUAGAGCCCUGAAGCAGCUGAGAAAGUUAAGGAUUGUUGACAUAUCCAGUCUCCCUGGCAUUCUGCCAGCAGAUGUAGCGACCUUGACCCAGUAUUGUCCCAACCUUGAAGCAAUGAACGUGUCUUUGAAUCCUCAGAUAAAUGACGAAUGUCUCCUGCAGGUCAUCAAACAUGGCCGAAAGCUUCAUCUCUUACAAUGUGUGUCCUGUCACAUCACAGACCUGUUCUUGGGAGAAGUUGGCAAGUACACAAAGGCAUUAAAGAAUCUGGACAUUGGCUGGUGUCAGGCAGUGACGGACGACGGCAUUCGAUCUCUGUCCGCCACGUGUUCCUCCCUCCAGUAUCUGGGUCUGAUACGAUGCGACUCGGUGACAGCAGAGGGAGUCGAGGAACUGGUGGAAAAGUAUCCACAUAUCACGUACUCCACAUUUAUUCUGGAGUCGAAGAAACUCAUUGAGCGUGCCCGGCGAGAGGGAUUCAUGUUUAAUGAUGACCAGAACCACGUUGAUAUGCUCGUGUGAUGUUUUACUCAGAUUUGUCAGAUGUUAGUUUUGUUUUUCUUGGUUUUUUUGGUGUUUUUUUAUGGAGUUUGACUGUUGAUGACUUCUCACAGUUUAAUUAGUACUUGGCAGGACUUGUCAGUAUUUGAAAAUACACAAUUACUAGUACAAAAAAAUUGAGAACUGCAUUUACAAUAUAUGAAGUAUUUUGUACACAUACAUUUAUUAUUUAUUUCAAUUUAUUAUGAUAGGUGGAUCAAGGAUUUCAGGUAUCCUUUGGUGGGUGGUGGAUCCAGGUGUUACAUAUUCCAAUGACCCAGCCACUGUGUUUAUUUCAGAAAAGAUGCAUGUAUAGCACAGGUUUUAACAAAUAAGAUUUUGAAGUCGCUGAAGUGGAAAGAGAAUUGUAUAACAUAAAAAUGAGGGUUGUCCAAGCCUGUACUUCCAAGUUUUCUGGAUGAAAAAUUGUGUUUUAUGACAAAAUACUGAAAAGUGUGGAAAAAUAUUGUAUCUUUAUGAUGCCAUAAAGCUAUCAUAAUCUAGGUCAAGUUUUAUCAGAGUGAAAAGAAAAAAAAUAACUGAGACCAUCAAUUUGAAUAAACAAAUAGAAGCCCUUAAACACACAUAGACAUUGAACUGAGGAGAUUAAAAUUUGGAUUUAAUUAUGUCAUGGGGAAAAAUAAAAUUGUAAAAAUUUUGUGCUGUGCAUUGCAAGUUCAACAGAGAGUGUUGAAGUGUAUGUUUGAGUAUUCAUUGUGUGCGGGGGGUAUUAGUCCCAUUAGGACAGUUCUAGUUGUGUGCUAUUUUCAGAAAGGAUUGAAAACUUAUUUACACUACUACAAUAAAAGAUUGAAAGAAAGAAAAA